AUGAAUAUCUCUCAGCCAGUUCCAUCGGCCAUUGGCAGCGUCGACUUUGGAUUUCUCACCGCGCAAGAGAUCAAAGCUCUCUCUGUAAAGAAGAUAGAAAAUGCUGUUACAUUCGACACCCUUUUGCACCCCAUUCCCGGUGGACUGUACGACCCAGCUCUCGGUUCGUGGGGAGAUAAUAUCUGCACAACUUGUAACUUGAAAUCCCCCGCCUGCCCAGGCCAUGUAGGCCACAUCAAUCUUCCCGCUCCUGUAUACCACCCAACAUUCAUGAUUCAACUCCUCAGGCUACUCCGAGCGAAGUGCACAUACUGUCAUCUCCUUCGAAUGUCGCGGAAGGAAGUCAACCGCUAUCUUUGCAAACUUCGAUUAAUACAGCAUGGACUACUAGGCGCAGCUGAAGAAGUCGAAAAUAUCGAAAUGUCGCCCCAGAAUAAGGAUGGUGGAGACAGCAAUAGUGAAGAGGAUGCGGAAUCGUCCAUCGACAAUGUCAUUCGGCGCAGAAAUGCCUUCGUAAAAAAAGCAAUCAAAGCAGCGAAAGGAGCCCCGUGGGAAUGGCAGCGGGAGAAAAACGAAGGCGUGGCUGAUGCCCGUCGAGUUGUUGUCAAGGCCUUCCUGAAGCAAAUCACUUCUAGCAAAACUUGCUCGAAUUGUGGUGGCAUAUCACCCACUUAUAGAAAGGACCGCUUCGUCAAGAUUUUCGAGAAGGCUCUGACUACUCAUGACAAGACUAAGAUGUCAGCAGGAAGCUUCCGCGCCGUGAAUCCAGUACAAAUUCUACAACGGGCGAAGGACGACAAACCCGAUGGCGACGUUGACGAGGGGAUUGCCGACAUUGAUUUAUCGUCGAAUGAUGACGAGGGAGAGGGGGAUGAUCUUGAUGUGGACGGAGAUGUAGUUAUGGGUGAUCCCACGCCCAAGGUCAAUUCAAGCUCGAAACCCAAAGUUGCUGCAGCAGCGCAGCGAUAUGUCAACCCCCUGGAGGUCAAGGCUCAGCUGACACUGUUAUUCGAGAAAGAUCAAGAGAUAUUGUCCCUGGUAUAUGACUCUCGUUCGGCUGCGAAGAAGGCUACCAAAGUGACAGCCGAUAUGUUCUUCAUACAAACUCUGCUGGUACCGCCAAACAAAUAUCGUCCAGAAGCACGCACUGGAGAUGGGGAAGUGGCAGAGGCGCAACAAAACUCUCUCUACAAGUUGAUUCUGAAAGGCUGCGAAACCAUUGCACAAAUCCACAAGGACAUUGCGAAUCCGGAAAGAGCCUCCGACAACUCAUCGCUGCGAAAAAGAGAUUGGUAUGACCUCCAAGAAGCUUGGUGUAAGCUUCAAGAUGCCGUGAAUUCUCUCAUUGACCGGGACCGCAAUCCUAUCCAGGGUGCGGCAGGCAAGAAGAACGAAGACGGCAUCAAGCAGAAACUAGAGAAGAAAGAAGGGCUGUUCAGGAAGAACAUGAUGGGAAAGCGUGUCAAUUUCGCUGCACGCAGUGUCAUCUCCCCAGACCCAAAUAUCGAGACGAAUGAAAUCGGUGUCCCACCUGUCUUUGCGAAGAAAUUGACAUAUCCCGAGCCUGUUACGAGUCACAAUUUCAAGGAUAUGCAGCAAGCUGUGAUAAAUGGCGUCGAAAAAUGGCCUGGCGCCGCAGCUAUUGAGAACGAAAAUGGUCAAGUUAUCAAUUUGCGGUCGAAAAGUCAGGAUGAGCGACUAGCUUUGGCUAAUCAGCUACUUGCCUCCUCAAACAAUAGUGCCAACGGAGCUCGCAAUAAGAAGGUCCAUCGACAUCUCACGAAUGGCGACGUGGUACUGAUGAAUCGUCAACCAACUCUACAUAAACCUUCCAUCAUGGGCCACCGUGCAAGAGUCUUACCUGGCGAGAAAACAAUUCGUAUGCACUACGCUAACUGUAAUACGUACAACGCCGAUUUCGAUGGAGAUGAGAUGAACAUGCAUUUUCCCCAAACAGAAAUUGCACGUGCGGAAGCGUUGCAAAUCGCAGAUACCGAUCAUCAAUAUCUUGUAGCAACAUCAGGAAAACCACUGAGGGGUCUCAUUCAAGACCAUAUCUCAGUAUCUGUAUGGAUGUGCAGUCGGGACACAUUUUUUGAUCGUGCAACAUAUCAACAAUUGAUAUAUAACUGCCUGCGACCUGAAAGCGGCCAUAUCGUUGGAGACCGAAUAGAAACUGUUCCACCUGCUAUCAUUAAGCCAUCCCCACGUUGGACCGGAAAGCAGGUCAUUACCACGAUUCUGAAGAAUAUCAAGCCUGUUAAUUGUGCUCCUUUGGUACUUACAAGCAAAUCCUCAGUUCCAGGUGAUCGAUGGGGUACAAAUGCCGAAGAAGAAGGCAUGGUACGUUUCAACGGAGGAGAGUUCGUCACAGGAAUUCUCGACAAGGCGCAAAUUGGGCCUACCGGUGGUGGUUUCAUCCACUCCAUUCAUGAAGUGUACGGACCGACCGCGGCUGGAAAGAUGCUUAGUAUACUUGGUCGGCUACUCACUAAGUUCUUGCAUAUGAGAGCCUUUACCUGUGGCAUGGAUGAUCUACGUCUUACCCCUAAGGGCGAGGAAAACCGGAAGGAGAAAUUGAAAGGGGCUCAGAAUCUUGGUCUAGAUGUGGCAGCCAAGUACGUCACCUUGUCUGACCAGAACCCGUCGGAUACAGACUCGGAGUUGAUGAGUCGAUUGGAGGAUGUACUGAGGGACGACAAGAAGCAAGCUGGCCUUGAUGUGAUGAUGAACAAACGGUCUGGAGACCUAUCUUCAGAAAUCACCCUCGCAUGCCUUCCUCUCGGCCUCGUAAAGCAGUUCCCAAAAAACCAAAUGCAGAACAUGACGGUCUCUGGUGCGAAGGGAAGCGCUGUCAAUGCCAAUCUCAUUUCCUGUAAUCUUGGCCAACAAGUUUUGGAAGGUCGUAGGGUACCUCUUAUGGUUAGUGGAAAGUCUUUACCAUGCUUCCGACCUUUCGAGACCAAUAUUCGAGCUGGUGGCUAUAUCGUGAACCGUUUCUUGACGGGCAUCCGCCCCCAGGAGUAUUAUUUCCAUGCUAUGGCUGGAAGAGAAGGUUUGAUUGAUACUGCCGUCAAGACUUCAAGAUCUGGUUACCUACAGAGAUGUCUUAUCAAGGGCAUGGAAGGAUUAAAGGUUGAAUAUGACACCUCAGUCAGGGAUUCUGAUGGCUCCUUGGUGCAAUUUUUGUACGGCGAGGAUGGUCUCGACGUAACCAAACAGAUGCAUCUGACGAACUUCAAAUUUCUCCUCGAAAACCUCAUAUCCGAGCUUUCGCAGCUCAGCUAUGGUGAGCAGAAAUACGACACGAUAUUUGAGAAGAAGGAUAUCAUACUGAAGAAGAUGAAGAAGGCACUCAAAUAUGCGAAGGCUAAUGAUCCCAAUGGCCCGGAUCCUGUGCUUUCGUCGUUCAACCCUGGAAAGUAUGGAUAUGCCACAUCAGAGAAGUUUUUCAAUUCCCUCAGAGUCUAUCUUGAAACCAACCCAGACGGAAUGGUUAAGGAUAAGGCACACCCCAAAGGUGUUGGUAUUCGCAAGGCUUUGGAACCAGUCCUGGUUGCAAAGUACUUGAAGUCUGUUGUUGAUCCAGGUGAGGCAGUCGGGAUCGUAGCUGGCCAAUCUGUUGGAGAGCCAUCGACACAAAUGACACUCAACACUUUCCAUCUGGCUGGGCAUUCGACCAAAAACGUCACCCUGGGUAUCCCCCGUCUACGAGAGAUUGUAAUGACCGCCAGUGCAAAUAUUUCGACGCCAUCAAUGACAUUGCGACUCAAUGAAGAAAUAACACCCGAGGGUGGCGAGAAGUUCGCAAAGAGCAUCAGUGUUCUGUCACUCGCCGAAGUCUUGGACGAAGCCACAGUCAACGAGCGCAUUGGCAAGGGGGUUGCCUACUCUGAAGCAAAAGUCUAUGACAUUGCCAUCAAACUGUUCCCCUCCAAUGAGUAUACCGAAACAUAUGCAAUCGGUAUCCCCGAUGUUCUCCAUACUCUGGAAAAGAAAUUUGCACCGCGACUGCAAGCUCUCACACGGAAAGCACUUGGCCUGAAGAAAGGAGAGAAGGUGGCAAAAACAUCUGUUAGCAGCGCUGCAGUACCAGAGAUUGGAAAGUCGGUUGGGACGAUCGAAGAGGCUCGAGCAUCUGUUGAAAGGGAAGCUGGCGACGAGGACGAUGAUGAUGAUGGAGAUGACGACGCUACUAACGACAAGCAGAGGGCCAACCGCGCGGAGGCCGUGAGCUAUGCCGCAAAUGAUGAGGAUGACGACAGGGUGCAAGCACAGAUGCAGAAGGAGGCAGAGCCGGAAGAAGACGUGGAAGAAAUGGAAGAUGAAGGAAUUGGCGGCAGUCCCCGCGAACCUGGUAGCGAUGACGAAGAUGACUCCUCGAGUAAAAUAACGGCCAAGCGCCGUGGGAGCGUGGCAGGAGAAAGGGAGGCUCGGGUCAUGAAGAAUUGUAACGACAUUGUCCGCUUCAGUUUUGACGAAGCUUCUGGAGAGUGGUGCAACCUUACUCUCGAGUUCGAUGCGAACGUUCCGAAAGUCCUCAUGCUUUCCAUCGUCGAAGAUGCGUUGCGCCAGUCUCUCAUUCAACAGAUUGCAGACAUCGGUUCUUGUACCUACGUUCCCGAUGAACAGGUUCAGGAUUUAGCAACUGGCAAAACUGUCAAGGUUCCAGUUGUGCACACGACAGGUGUCAAUCUCAAGGCAAUGCAGAGCUACCCUGAUCUCAUAAACCCCAACACCAUCUCCACCAACGAUAUUGCGGCCAUGCUCAGGAACUAUGGCGUGGAGGCCUGUCGUGCAGCCAUUAUUCAGGAACUGUCGGGUGUUUUCGGAGGUCACGGAAUUAGUGUUGAUCAUAGGCAUCUGAAUUUGAUCGCCGAUUUCAUGACUAGAGGAGGAGGAUUUAGUCCUUUCAACAGGAGUGGGUUGAGGGGCAGUGUCAGUCCGUUCAUGAAGAUGAGCUUCGAAACAACAGUAGGCUUCCUAGCUGAUGCUGUCACUGAUGGUGAUUGGGACGAUCUUUCAAGUCCAAGUUCCAGGAUUGUUAUUGGGAGGAUGAGUAAGGUCGGCACUGGUGCUUUCGAUGUGUUGACCCAGGUCCCGACUAGAAAAGGCGAUGAGGUUAAUGUCUGA